AUGUUCACUCCUGCUGUUAAAGCCUUUACUCCCGAGGACAUCUACAUCGGCUCCCUAGAAGGUUACCUGGAAGGACUCAAUGCCGGUGUCACUUCAUAUGUGGAACAUGCUCACAACAACUGGGACGGUGCCGUGGUGAAGCCGGGUUAUCAAGCCGCUGUUGAUAGCAAAACCAGAGUCUGGUGGUGUUACGAUAUUGCUUCACGGCCCGACUUCCCAGUGGAAGAGCAGUGGGGGAUAAUCAGCGAGAUAGCCGCCAAAAUCAGUCUAGCAAAAGCCACUGAAGCGGCUACGGAAAGAGUCUGUCUCGGAUUAUCACUUGAUGGUCUCUCUGGUAGCUCAUUCGGCGACGCCAUCCAGGAAAUAGGUGUAAAGGCGAAGCAGCUCGGUGUCCAAGCCUUUACUAUGCACCAUAUGGGAGGCCCCUGGCCGCAAGGCAAUAGCUCGGCGGCAAAUAUGGGGAAGCAAGGCUUACCAGAUGCUGGAAUCCCUAUAAUCUUCUCCCAUGCUCCAUUUCUGACUGAUGAAGAUAUGAGCGCGCUCCGAGAGCACGACAUGUUCGUCUCGAUUACACCGGAAUCAGAAUGUCACUUCGGUCACGGACAGGUCACCGGGAAGCUGAUAUCUGACCAUGCUUCUCUUGGCUUUGACACAAGUUGGACCUUCUCCGGGGACAUGAUCGGCCAAGCACGGUUGUGGCUACAGACAGUCCGCAACAACAGUUACACGAAGACCUUGGUGGAGAAGGAGAAGCUCCCUAACAUGAAUCCCAUGACAGUCGAACAGGCCUUUUUGUUAGCCACUCGUCAGGGUGCGAGAGCGCUGAAGCGUGACGACAUCGGUGUUCUGCAAGUCGGGGCCAAGGCAGACCUGGUCGUCUUCUACGGAGACUCCCCAAAUAUGCUCGGCUGGAGCGAUCCUGUCGCGGCUGUGAUAUUGCAUGCUAAUCCAGGGGACGUGCAGCACGUUCUCGUCAGCGGAGAGUUCCGCAAGCGAGACUUUGAGCUAGUAGUAGACGUGCCUGGGGGCUGGUCUGGCGUGCGAGAUCGAUUCGUAGAGGCAGCGCAGCGGAUUCAGGUACAGGUGAAAACGCCUCCCUCGCUCCCGGGCAAGUUAUGGGGCAUCGGUGAAUUGGGAGAUGUCGAGAUCUCAACCACAGCUCGAAUCAUUGACGGCUAG